CAUCAUGGUCGUCAUCGUUGAUGUUAGACCUACAAUUUUCCUGAGCGGCUUCAGUCGUUGCCUGUCAACAAAGCGCUGCGAACGUGUCUGAAGAACCUGCUCCGCAAAAUAUCUCAAUUUUUUUUCAAGUCAAACGCGAAAUAAUUUGAUUUGAAGAAUUUCCUUUAAGUGUUUCAAAGUGUUGUGGGCAAAGAAAGUGCUGGAAAAACAAACCAAAUGCCCAAGCUUUUUUUUUUACCAAUUAGCUUUUAAAUAUUCCAGAAUCGAAAACCAAAAACAUUAAGAAUUGUGUUUCUUAAAACAUUAAAAAGUGUUCUUUUUAAGACAUAAAAAAGACACAAACUUCACAGAAACUCAAUUUUCCCAAGCAGCAGCAGCAUCAGCCACCAACAGGAACUGGAAUAGGAACAGGAACAGGACCAUGUGACAACGGGUGGCACUCAUAAAGUAUGGAAAACAUAUCAAAACAUUUGCGAUUCAGCUGGUUCAGGCUUCCACUAAUAGGCUGACGACCAGCAGCAGCAGCAGGGAUAGGAAAUUACCAGGCUAGGAGUCCUUGGUGGAGGAGUGUACGGGCACAGGCACAAAAGCCAACAUGAAAGGACAUUCGAAACCGAAUGGGGCAGCUGCUGACCGCAGUGGCCGCCGCAUCGUGGACAGCGACAACAGCCAUGUCCAGGGCCCAAACCAAGACCAUGGCAGGGCCAUUCUGUUAUUUGUGCUGACAGCGCUGACACUAACGAGCUUAAUAACGCCCACAGAGCAGUUGACAGUGGCGCCAAAUGGAACCACACAGCAGCAACAGCAGCAACAGCAGCAGCAGCAGCAGCUGCAACUGCAACAACAACAGCAGCAACAGCAACAGAAACAGAAACAGCAGCAACAUCAGCAGCAACAACUGCAACAACUAGAGCAGCAAUUGCAACUGGAGCUAGACUACAAGCACAUGAAUGGCAAUCUGGUGGCAGCAGUUGACUUCAAUGGAACACUUGCCUUUGGACGGCCGCCGCCGCCCCACCAGUACCGCAAUGGGAGCGGACUUUAUGCGGGCGCCGACUGCAGCAAAAGCAGCAACCACAGUAGCAGCAACUUCAUCCUGAAGCUCAUCGCGAUGAUCCUGUACGCAAUGGUGUGCAUCGUCGGUCUCUUCGGCAACACCCUCGUAAUCUACGUGGUGAUGCGGUUCUCCAAGAUGCAGACGGUGACCAACAUCUACAUUUUGAAUCUGGCGAUAGCCGACGAGUUCUUCCUGAUCGGCAUUCCCUUCCUUAUCUACACGAUGCAGGUGGGCAACUGGUCCUUCGGGGACUACAUGUGCAAGGCGUACAUGGUGAGCAGCUCCAUCACAUCGUUCACCUCCUCGAUCUUCCUGCUGAUCAUGUCCGCGGACCGGUAUAUAGCUGUCUGCCAUCCGAUAUCGUCGCCCCGCUACCGCACCCCGUUCGUGUCGAAGCUCGUGUCGGCCUUCGCCUGGAUGACCUCCGUGCUGCUGAUGCUGCCGGUGAUUCUGUUCGCCAGCACCGUGCCAGCGGAGAACGGACUGCUGACCUGCAACAUCGAGUGGCCCGACACCCAGAACCUGGACUCGGACUCCACAUUCAUACUGUACUCCCUGGUGCUGGGCUUCGCCACGCCGCUGACCUUCAUCCUGGUCUUCUACUGCCUGGUCAUUCGGAAGCUGCACACGGUGGGGCCCAAGCACAAGUCAAAGGAGAAGAAGCGCUCCCACAGGAAGGUCACCAAGCUGGUGCUGACCGUCAUAACCGUGUACAUCAUGUGCUGGCUGCCCCACUGGAUCUCGCAGGUGGCCCUAAUCAACUCGGUCCCGAAUCCGUGCGGUGCCUCCCGACUGGAGCUGGCAGUCUUCCUGGUCUGCGGCUGUCUCAGCUACUCGAACUCGGCGAUGAAUCCCAUUCUCUACGCCUUCCUCAGCGACAACUUCAAGAAGAGUUUCAUGAAGGCCUGCACUUGUGCGGCCCGCAAGGACGUCAACGCCCAGCUCCAGCUGGAGAACAGCUUCUUCCCGAAGUUCGGCAAGGGCCGGCAGUCGGAGCGGCUCAUCGGUGGCGGCAACAAGGGGGCCAAAACCGGUGGCACGGCCAAGAAGCGGGCUGCUCUGGCUGCAGCGAGAAACAACAAUGCCCCGAUGGCCACCACCACAACGACCACGACAACGACCGGAACGGACACCGUGACCUCUGUGCAGCCAGCAGUUCAUAAUGUUCCUGCCGAGCUACUAGCGCCAUCCGGCAGCUGCAGCACCAGCGGCAAUCCUGCCACUCUCCUGGUGGUCAAUGCCGAGACCAACAACUGUAAGCCGCCCGUGCUGCACACGGACUUAUAAGAGCGGGCCCAGGCCCAGGCUAUGCCGCUGGAGACGGUUGUGCUUAUAGCCAGAAGAUGAGGGCACGCCGACAUCGGAGUGGGAGUGGGAGUGGGAGUGCGAGUGGGAGUGGGAGUGGAGCUGGAGCUCGAUCGACAGCUGACAAUGCAGUCGGAGUUCCUGCUUUAGGCUAAGCGUUCGUUCUCUCGAUGGAUAUUGAUAUUUUAUAUUGAAAAAGCAAAGCGAUGCGAAAGCGAUGUUGAGACCUCGUUCGAUCGCAAAUGAUAAUGCCAGAGAAUCCUGUAGGUACAUAGAGAAUUCUUAAUGCCCAUCAAAAGGAAUCGAUGAAACAUUUAUGACAGAUUCUCAGUCAGAAAUAGUGUCAAAACUAAAGUAUUCAUCAUAACAGUGUUUCAGAUCGGAGGAUAUAUCAAACGUAAAUCACAGUCGCAGUCGCCGUCGCCGUCGCAUCAGUUUGCCAAUCAGAUAAGUUUUGCAUAAGUGUGGAUACUUUUAAUGUCGUUUUCCCAUUUAGAUACUCUGCUAGAAUAAGGUUGAAAAUCUCUACAAAUAAGCUGAGUAGUGAAGAGCGUCAAACAAAGCAAAUAGUGGAACAUAACCAGUUUCGAGUGUUAGUUCAGUAAGCCAAAGAUUUGAUCUUAGAUUUCAAGGAAAGACUUUGAAAUACACAAGGAAUAACUCAGAAAAAAAGGCGCCAUUAACAAGCCAAAACAAACCCAAAGAGAACCCAAAGAAUUCCAGAAAGGCAAAUAAUUCCAUUGGAAAUAAAACGAACAAAGUAUUCUCUGAAACAAGAAACAAGAAACAAGAAAUAAAAUAAUAAAUACCGAAAAAAGUCCUUUUUCAAUUCGAAUUAAAUUGUAAUGUGAUUGUAAAAUAAAACAAUAACAAAAACAAAAACGAAAAGGGAAAUGGUAAAGGGUAAAAGGUAAUGGAAAAGGGGGAAAUGUGAAGCGAACAAUGUGAAAAAUUUGCAUUACAAUUCAUGACGAUAAUCUCUAAUGAAGCCUAAUUAACCGAGUGCAUUUUAAUUAACAUUGGAACUAAAUGUUUUUUUAGCGGCUGCUGGAAUUGACUCAACGGCGCUUUCAAUAAUCGACUUAAAUGAAUAUUAAAUGAAUACAUAAAUAAAAAAAAACAAUAGCUACAAUAAAUAUGGAAUCAGUCGAAUAGCCUCUCAAUAGAUUCCCCCAAAAAAUGUUUGUCUUUCUUGAAUGUUUUCAAAAAACGUAAAAUAAAAAAACCUAUGCCAGAAUUGAUCAUUGACUUGGAUAUUGUACCCAUAGCUGAAAUAAUCUUUGGGCAUUGUUGAGAGAAUGUUUCCCCCCUCCCCCAAUGUACACGAGUAUUUGUACUUUUGAAAAUACAAAAAAAAAGAACCUAGGCUAAUCAGUGUUUACUAUAAAUUAUGAUACAUACAUACCUACCUUUAUUAAAUGUCCACAAAAAAGCUACAGGUAAAAAAAUGUAAAAAAAAAGAUACAUCUACAUAUAUGUAUGUAUGGUAAAUUUUUUCAAUUUUAAGUGUAACUUAAUUGAAGUCAAACAAAUGUUGUUAAAAAUACAUUAGGUGGACUUUGAGUGCUUCAAAAAAUGAUCAAAUAAAAAUAAACAUAAUUUUAAAUGAA